AUGGCACGCGUGUUCGCAGUCCUUUUCGCCUUCGCUGCGAUGCUAGUCCCCUCUUCCACCAAGACUAUCAAAUACCGAGACUGUGGCUCGCAAGAGGGCGAAAUCGUUGGCAUGGAUAUCAGCCCUUGCGACAGCGAGCCGUGCGUUCUAAAACGCGGCACAAGCGUAGAUGGCAGUCUGGCAUUUAUUCCUCACGAAGAUUUGAAGCGUGCGAAGCUUUCUGCUCACGCAAUAAUCGAUAAGCUCCCUCUACCUCUCCCUAUUCCCUCAGACGCCUGUCAGGGAUACGGUCUGUCUUGUCCAGUAGACAGCGGAGUCAAGUCGAUGUUCAAGAUUCAUCAAGCUAUCGAGUCCGAGUUUCCUGUCGGUAAUUUGACCUUGAAGGCGGCAGUAACAGAUUCGGACACGAGUCAAGUUGUGUUCUGCUUUGAGGUGGAUCUAGAGAUCGCUUGA